GGAAGGACUUCUCCAGAUCCUGAGACUGUCUAAACUAGGUCAAUGGGAAGGAGGGGCGGGGCGACGAGAGGCUUGUUGGUUUCCAGCCUUGAUGGAGGGCUCCCUCUAGUGUUAGUCCAUGAUAAAACAUGAUUAGGUUUGAGCUCCCGGAACCACGGGACUCCUAAUUUACAAUAAAUGCAUUUACUUAAUUUUAACUUCUUUUCCUGGAUUCUCAGCCCAUUCCAUAUUAAAUUUCAGCUUUCGCUUUCACGUUUAUUCCACCGGGGAAAAGGAUGAGAAAGCUUUCAAGUCAGAUUUUAUGAGGCUGAAAAGGCCCGGUCUUAAUGAACGGACAUUGACCUCAUCUCCGCCGCUGAUGGGAUGCGCGGAGGCGUGUGACACUAUCGCGGGUUUUAGGACGCAGCUGAGGCCUGAAGGCAGCUUCUUUUGCACCUCCCAUCCCCCACCCCAGGCCCCCGAAACUGCCUCUCGGAGCCGGCUACUGAGACCAAUUAGGAGAUGGCUCCCGGGGAGUUAUAAUUUCGAGGGAGGCCACGGGAAGGCGAGGCAACCUCGGAGCGCGCGGUGGGGUCCGCGCCCGGGCCUCUGCUGAAUCCUAACCAUAUCGCUACGGUUUCGGAGAAAGUGAAUUCGGAAAUCUCAAAACAUGUCCAGGUUUGACCUGGCAGCUCCUAUUCUGAAGAUUUAGAGCGGAAACCGAGCCGAGCUGGGUUCCACUACUUGCUAACGUAGGCAGAAAGGGGCUUUCGGUUUAGUUUCCUCCAGCUCGGCUAUGAGCGCUGAAUGGAGACCCUCAGCCCUAGGGACUCCAUCUUUUUUGACCUUGACGGCUCGCCUAACCACUCUCUUGGGGGUUGGGAGCCAAACAAAAAGAGAAAAAGAAAUGACGCCCCAGGCAAACAAACGCCGGAACUGGGCAACUGGAAGUCAUGAAAUGAGCCUCGGAUUUCACCCCAAAUCCUGGAUUUUAUACUGGCUUUGCUACUAACUUGUCUGACAGUCGUCAUUUAUAAAAUCGUCAUAGGGGAAGAGUUGGACUAAGUGAGCUGUAAGAGUCCGUGGAUAGGGCGCGGCCGAGGGAUUUAGGGGAAAGUGUGCCAUAUUCCCCGCGAGCCUCCGCGGGCGGCCCCCCCUCCUCGGUGAAUCCCCGGCGGCCCGCUGCGCAGGCAGAGAUCCUGGAGGCCGUCGGGGGCCGGCAGCUUCCUGGAAAGUUACUUCUCGUUGGAGCCGGCGAUAGGCAGAGAGCGUUCUGUGAAAUCCGCUGAGCUGAGAUCGACUACGUUCCGGGAAUGAGAGGGCUGUGCCAUUCCCCUCACUGCCCCCUGCCUUGACAGCUUAACAGGAAAAAAAAAAGGGCACAUACAAUGUUAGCUACCGAGGUGCAGGGAAAGUUUUAUUUGAAGGCAAACAAAUUAAGGGCUGCCACAGUCUUACCACGGGGCCUCCGCCGAGCCUGCGGGGGCUUGGAGGCGGAUGGGCAGCGGUGCGGGCCCGACAGCCCCGGGUGGGCGUUCCCUGGCAGACAGGUUUUAAGCAAAAUUUUGGACUGUGAAAGCAGGCAUUGGGUGGAGACAAAAUGGCCUCACCGGCUGACAGCUGUAUCCAGUUCACCCGCCAUGCCAGUGAUGUUCUUCUCAACCUUAAUCGGCUCCGGAGCCGUGACAUCCUGACUGAUGUUGUCAUAGUGGUGAGCCGUGAGCAGUUUAGAGCCCAUAAGACAGUCCUCAUGGCCUGCAGUGGCCUGUUCUAUAGCAUCUUCACGGACCAGUUAAAAUGUAACCUUAGUGUGAUCAACCUGGAUCCUGAGAUCAACCCCGAAGGGUUCUGCAUUCUCCUGGACUUCAUGUACACAUCUCGGCUCAAUCUGCGGGAGAGCAACAUCAUGGCCGUGAUGGCCACAGCCAUGUACCUGCAGAUGGAGCAUGUCGUGGACACUUGCCGGAAGUUUAUCAAGGCCAGCGAAGCAGAGAUGGUUCCUGCCAUCAAGCCUCCCCGUGAAGAGUUCCUGAGCAGCCGGGUGCUGAUGCCCCAAGACAUCAUGGCCUAUCGGAGUCGUGAGGUGGUGGAGAACAACCUGCCGCUAAGGAAUGCCCCCGGGUGUGAGAGCAGAGCCUUUGCCCCUAACCUAUACAGUGGCCUGUCUACACCGCCAGCGUCUUAUCCCAUGUACAGCCAUCUCCCCAUCAGCAGCUUCCUCUUCUCCGAUGAGGAGCUGCGGGAUGCCCGGAUGCCUGUGGCCAACUCCUUCCCCAAGGAACGAGCUCUCCCCUGCGAUAGUGCCAGGCCAAUCCCAGGAGAGUACAGCCGGCCAGCCAUGGAGAUAUCCCCCAGUGUGUGCCACAACAGCAUCUACUCACCCAAGGAGGCAGCCUCAGAGGAGGCACGGAGUGACAUGCACUACAGUGUGGCCGAGGGCCCCAAGCCUGCUGCCCCCUCGGCCCGGAACGCCCCAUACUUCCCCUGUGACAAGGCUGGCAAGGAGGAAGAGAGGCCCUCCUCCGAGGAUGAGAUUGCCCUGCAUUUCGAGUCCCCCAAUGCACCCCUAAACCGGAAAGGUCUGGUCAGUCCACAGAGCCCCCAGAAGUCUGACUGCCAGCCCAACUCGCCCACAGAGUCCUGUAGCAGCAAGAAUGCCUGCAUCCUCCAGACCUCUGGUUCCCCUCCAGCCAAGAGUCCCACCGACCCCAAAGCCUGCAACUGGAAGAAAUACAAGUUUAUCGUGCUCAACAGCCUCAACCAGAAAGCUAAACCGGAGGGGCCUGAGCAGGCUGAGCUGGGCCGCCUUUCCCCUCGAGCCUACACUGCCCCGCCAGCCUGCCAGCCACCCAUGGAGCCUGAGAACCUUGACCUCCAGUCCCCAACUAAGCUCAGCGCCAACGGGGAGGACUCCACCAUCCCGCAGGCCAGCCGGCUCAAUAACAUCGUCAACAGGUCCCUGACAGGCUCGCCUCGCAGCAGCAGCGAGAGCCAUUCGCCGCUCUACCUGCACCCCCCCAAGUGCACGUCCUGUGGCUCUCAGUCCCCACAGCACACGGAGAUGUGCCUCCACACCACUGGCCCCACGUUCCCCGAAGAGAUGGGAGAGACCCAGUCUGAGUACUCGGAUUCCAGCUGUGAGAAUGGGGCCUUCUUCUGCAAUGAGUGUGACUGCCGCUUCUCUGAGGAGGCCUCACUCAAGAGGCACACGCUGCAGACCCACAGUGACAAACCCUACAAGUGUGACCGCUGCCAGGCCUCCUUCCGCUACAAGGGCAACCUCGCCAGCCACAAGACCGUCCAUACGGGUGAGAAACCCUAUCGCUGUAACAUCUGUGGGGCCCAGUUCAACCGGCCAGCCAACCUGAAAACCCACACUCGAAUUCACUCUGGAGAGAAGCCGUACAAAUGCGAAACCUGUGGAGCCAGAUUUGUACAGGUGGCCCACCUUCGUGCCCACGUGCUCAUCCACACUGGCGAGAAGCCCUACCCGUGUGAAAUCUGUGGCACCCGUUUCCGGCACCUUCAGACUCUGAAGAGCCACCUGAGAAUCCACACAGGAGAGAAACCUUACCAUUGCGAGAAGUGUAACCUGCAUUUCCGUCACAAAAGCCAGCUGCGUCUUCACUUGCGCCAGAAGCACGGCGCCAUCACCAACACCAAGGUGCAAUACCGCGUGUCCGCCACUGACCUGCCCCCGGAGCUCCCCAAAGCCUGCUGAAGCAUGGAGUGUUGAUACUUUCCAUUCGAGCCCCUUCUCAGAAUCUACCCAAAGGAUACUGUAACACUUUACAAUGUUC